CAUGGAAUCACAUUGUACUUUUUCGUGUUUACAUUUUUGAAACAUUUAUUAAAUUAUUUAACUAUAUAUAUAUAUAAGCAGUUAAAAUGAAUAUAAUAUUGAACAAAGUUCGUGAUGUUGACCCUAAUAAUAGUGAGGCAGUGAAAGAAACCCUGUCUAGCUUUUUUCAGAAGGUCGAUAACUAUGCUGAAGGGAAUUCCAGUAGAUGGCUUCGUGCAUUAGAAAAUAUAAUUAACCGAUUUCCUAAAUACUGUAUGCCUCAUAGACAAACAAUUGAGAAUGUCUUGACACACAAUUUGGACUCUAACAAUUAUUACAAUGUAAUUCAAGCUGCUAAAUGUGCACAUGUACUGCAACAAGUACGGCCCACACAAGAAAAAGGUGCAAACCCAAAAAGUUCCUGGCGAGAUCAAAUGAAAGCAUUAAGUAGUGCUGUCCAUAAACUUAUUGAUGUAAUAUACCCUAAUGUUGUAGACAUGUAUAGAAAUAAUCAAGACUAUAAUGAUAACCAAAAGUCAUCCAGUAACUCUCCACUGCACUUGGCGCUACAAAGUAUUAAUCAAGUAAAAGACCAUGAUAAAAAUGUCACAAAGAAAACGGUACUUUGCACAAGACUCCAGAAUAUAUUAAUCUAUAUCCAGGCAAUGCUUGUAGAAAUUUAUCCAGUGGCGAAACCUAUUCAGCCACAGUUGUUGCUAGAAGUCAUAGUGCGUGUGCUAAGUGUGACUAGUUCCAAACAACACUCUGAUCUUGAUGCACCUCACAGAGCCACAAUGAAAACAUACGCUCUUAGAACUUUGGACGCUCUCAUUGCAUGCUUAGGUUCAAACCUAAUACCAUUUUCAGCACUAGUCAUUAGAGCUAUUAUGCAAACACUGAAAUGGACCACAGAUAAUCCUAAUGAGGAAUCCAGUAAAGUCCGCUGCGUGGCCUAUAGCACAUUUUGUAAAUGGUUGACGGUGUUACACACUGAACGUGUAGACAGUGGGAGACGUGGUGGCAGGAGCUGGGGUGAAGAACUCGUUACACACGUUCUCGCAGAUAUCACGCCACAGAGGCGGCUCGUACAGCUGACGAUGUCUUCACAACCAACCAAACAUUUGAGCAAGAAAGCAAAAAGAAAAUUAGCAAAUUCCAUGCUGGAUAAAAGUACAAUAGCAUCACACGCGCCUGGAGAGAAAAACAAAAUAUCUGUAUCUGAACAAACCAAUGAUGAAGUCGCUAUUGCAGCUUUAGAAUGCGCCGAAUCGUUCCUCACUGUUUGUGGUAUAUUUUUGAAGCAUUCCAUUCAUAAGCUAUUCCAAGAGCGGUUAGUUCGCGAAUGCUACAACAUCGACAGUUACUCGAGCGAGCGCGCUAUAGCACUUCUGCGCGCACUGGAAGCAGCUCGCAAGUCCACUGGUCCGACAGUGCCUCCGCCGACACAGUACUGUCUACACCUUUAUAGCAAUAUGAUCAACUCACAGCAACCAGAGAUUUCCAAUUUUUGCUCAAAAGCACUUUUGGACAUUCGAUUACAUCUUCACUGUUCACCACCUUCGUUAAGUUUUGUCGUGGCGAUCGCAGACGAUAAAUUUAAGAAAUCUGACAAUAAAAGAAAGAAGAUGUCGGAAAGGAAUAGAGCCACGCUGGAAGCUUUAUUGGGCGCAGAUAAGUUUCCACCAGAAGACUCGGGGAAUGUAAUCACCAUACAAGAUGAACCAUCCAUGAAGAAACCACGUUUAGAUGAAGAUAUUACUACUUUAAGCAGUGAUUCUGUGAGUUCAGUUGAGAUAAGUGAUGAAUCAGAUGAUGACAAUGUUAUUGAAGUAGUAAAUGUAGAAAUAAAUGAGGCAACUAAUCAAAAAUUAAAUGGAGAAAGUAACGAAGUGGAAAUUGAAUUGCAAAAUGAACCAGAGAUAUCAAGUGUGGUUGAUGAAAAUCCAGAAAAUCGGGUCGAAACAUCUGAAGGUGAAAUCUCACGUAUAAUAGUCACUGAGCAAUUAGUAAUUAAACCCAGUACUAUUAUAAAUGAACCAGUUAAUGCUGAACAAGAUAACGAACUUGAACCUGACUCUACUGCAGCUAAUGUCGAAAUUACUAUUAAAGAAAAUGGUAUAAUGGAUGAAGCAGAUACAACAAACAUCUUUGAAGCCAAAACGCAAUUACCCCUUGAUAUUAUAUCAAAUGAUACUACAGAUAGGGAAGACAUGCCGCUUUCAAUUGAAAUAGCUUACGAUUUGCCACAUUCCUGCAAAGAAGUUCCUGUAUUAGAAAAGAUGGAUGAUGAAAAUCUUCCAAGCACUAAUGAUACUGAUGAUAUUCAAAUAACCUGUGGACAAAUAGCGAAGAAUUCUCAAGAUACAGAAACAGAAAAAUUUAAAGAAGCUGAUGAAAAAGUAGAUGAACCCCCUCAAAUGAAUGGUUUUAAAUCACCAGAAAAAAUACUAAAUGAUGAUUUAAAGUCUACUAAUGUAGAACAUGCUGUUAACAAAAUUGCAGGUAACAACGAAUCUGUGUCCGUUGAAGAUAUGUUAGCAGAUUUUGUUGAUGAAGUUAAUGAUGAACAUAAAGUGCAGUAAUUAUAUAGACAGUUUAAUAUCAGGCUUUUUUUACUUUGGUGCCAAGUUGUAAUAAGAAGGAAUUUAUUUUUUAAAUGAUAUAUAAUGUGUCUGUGAUUUCAAAUGACUACAUUCAUAAGUGUUUAUUUUUUGUUAUAAUACAUUGA